GUUGUUAUUUGGUGGGAACGAGCGGAUCCAUUAUCUGUCACACGACAUUACAACCGGGAGCCGAAAGAAUAGCAUUCUCAAAUUCGCAUAAAGCACGCGUUGUUUUUGAUCAAGUCACCCUUUACACUGAUCCGUUGAAUUAAGGAUUUUCAUGACGGACACAAAGAACGCCGCAUCUCCGACUGGAAAUGGUCAAUUGCCGGAAUGGGGUAGAGUCUUGAUCGCAGGUGGAACAGAUUGGCCCAAUUUGGGAAGAAAAGUGAACAAUAACGAAAAGAGCUUGGAACACAUCGAUCUACCCCAACCACAUAUCCAACGAGAUGUAGCACACGAAAAGAUGAAACGCGUCUUCAGUGGACAUUCUGCUUCACAUGCAUUCUUUUUGAACGAACAUGGCGAUAUUUAUGCUCUUGGUCGAAAUGAACAUGGUCAAUUAGGUUUACCUAGAGUACCUAAACCAGCACCUGCUUCUGCAAUCGGUAGCAAGAGUGAAGAAGCGGUACAAAUUGGCGGAAAGAAUGUUUAUACAGCAACUAGACUUGACCGCGAUGUACACUUUUCACCUCCUUUGCCAGCCGAUCAAGAAGGUGAUAUCGUUCAUGUAGCAUGUGGUCGUAAUCAUUCGAUCUUAUGUACGCGUUCGGGAAGCGUUUAUGCAGCAGGAACGAAUGCUUUAGGACAAUGUGGAAAUGGUCAAACAGAAGGCGAUAUUGAAAUUUUUAAAAGAAUCGAAAAAGCACAAUAUACAAAAGAUAAAGACGCAGUGGUUAUGGUUUCGGCCGGUAUUACCUUCAGUCUAAUACUUACAGCUUCAGGUAAAGUGUACGGAAUCGGAUCAACGGAAAAAGGUCAAUUGGGAAACGGAAAGACGGGUGAACACAUCAUCGCUGCUAACAAGGUCGGAUAUCAUACACACACCGAACCUUUACUUGUACGUGCUUUGCUCGAAAAGAAGAUUAUUAAAAUUUCAAGUGGACAACAACACAGUAUUGCACUAGAUGAAGAUGGAUAUUGCUACGUUUGGGGCUUUGGCGGAUACGGACGAUUAGGUCUUGGCACACCUCCAGAUGAUCGAUUGGUCCCUGUUCUCAUCCCUCAAUUUGCACGAGAGAAUGCACUUAUGCGAGCAAAGGAUGUAUUUGCAGGUCCAACAGCGUCUGCUGUGAUUGAUCGUCAACGUACCUUCUGGCUUGCCGGUAAAUGGAAAACUUCCGGGGACGGAAGUGCAGGACAAGGCUUUAUGACGUACAAAUACUUUAAUGAGUUGAUGGGAUGUAAGAUGAGAACGGCAUCACUCGGAGGUGUGACUUUGAUCGCUGUUGCAGAUGAAGAUCCUUCUUUACGUGGUGAUCAUGAUGCAACGAUGAAUAUUGCAUGGGGACAAGGUGCAGGAAAUGGAGAAUUAGGAUUAGGAUUCGAUAAGCCAAAAAGUGCAACAAAGCCACAAAGGUGUGAGCCUUUGGACGGUAUUUCGAUCAUCGAUGUGGCAGCAGGUCAAAAUACGACUUACUAUGUUGCACGCAAUCUGGGCGAUACAUAUGCUGAGUUACCAUCUUAUCCCAACGCAAGCGAAUCGCAAGAUAAUUGUUUGGUUUGCGGCAAAGGGGAUGAAGCUGGCGAAGAAGGAGGUGAACAAAGUGAAAAUGUGAUGUUGGAAUGUGAACGUUGUGAUGAGCCAUGGCAUCUUCAAUGUUUAGAUCCACCACUAGAUUCUGUUCCUGAUGGUGAAUGGCAUUGUCCUCAAUGUUUGGAAUUAGUGCUUGAUCGUACCAAAUCUACUGCCACCAACGGAAGCAAGAAAAGAGCAGCACCUGGCAAAGACGAAGGAAAAGCAGGAUCGAAAAAGAGCAAAGCCGGCAAAUAAGCUAAAUGCAAGAUAAAAAGGUGUAUUUAUAUUUCUGCUUUUGGGUAUUGUGUUGUACAAGACUGUGACCUGAUUUUGCUAUUGUACAAAUACUCAACCGUUUGAUGGGUGUUGUCUUGAUCUUUUUAUUGGUGCAAUGAGAUUGAUGAUAUCCCUAGGUG